UGUCCCCAGAGCAAGGAGGAGGUGAUGGCGGUGCGGCUGCGGGAGGCCGACAGCAUGGCAGCCCUGGCUGAGAUGCGACAGCGCGUGGCUGAGCUGGAGAUCCAGAGGGAGGAGGGCAUGAUCCAGGGGCAGCUCAACCACUCGGACGCCGCUCAGUACAUCCGCCAGCUCAAGGACCACAUCGACGAGCUCAAAGCUGAGGUAAGGCACCCAUGGGUGCUGUGGCACCGGAAGGGCUGCGCCCACAGGGGCUGCGGUCCCUGUAUCCUGUGCCUGUAGGUG